CAGAACAUCACAGUCAGACUUGUAAAGAAGGAUGGUGUUUGUCACAUUUCGCCACUGCCACCCAAUCUUCCGAGGCCAAAUGAUUUAGCAGCGGGACUCAAAAUGGUAAAUUUAUUCGCUGCAUUGUCGUAUGCUGUGCUGUUAAGUUCAGACAGUCUGGAAGUCUUUUCAACAACUUAUGUAGAAACUUGCAAUUUUAUGGGACGACCGCAGAAAAUUUUUAAUUGAAUAGAUCUUUCACUUUUUACUUAAAAAAUGGAUUGGAAUAAAUGGAUUAAAAAUGGCCCUGAAGUUCAACUCAGCUAUUAUAUGUAAGCACUAAGAAGUGAACUUUAUUUGUUUCCCGUACGUGCAGCUGUCACACUCGGCUCCUGUUCAGAAGAUAGAAAAAAUCAAACAGCAAUGGACCCUUGGUGACGUUGUUGACAGGCAGACUUUAAGAACCGAGGUGCAAGAAUUCUGUGGGAAUUUCCCAAUCUACCGUUUAGAACCAUAUACACCUGACUCUGUUACUGUGGUUGCUGGCACCCGCGCUGGUAAGUGUACAUCUCUUGCGCCAUUGCGCUAUUUAAAUAUACACCCCUCAGUUAAGGACUUUGAGCAUCUCAAUAUUCAGUUUCUAGUCUCAUCCACGCAGGUUUUUCAUAUUGAACUAAACUUAUUCCUCGUUACAAUACCUUUCAUAAUCCAGGUCGAAAUAAACAAUUGCUAGUAAUCAGUGAUUCGUACCAAGGGAAACAUCUCAUUUUGGUUUCCGACGUCAGUCUUACGUUUAAGUGAAAUAGGUGGCAACUACAAAACUUAUUUUAGAAAGUCAAAUGAUACAUGGCCAUUUUUCUAAAUAUCGCAAGUCAUGAAUUGGUGAGUGGUUGAAGAAAAAAUCAACAUGUAACGUUCAUGUAGCCCCGCAUAUCCAUAUUUAACCCGACCCAGUCUUAAAGCUUGCAAUUCUCGCCUUACACGUUUUCUCUUCGUUCCUUCCGCAGAAAGAAGACGUCGUGACUGGAAGUUUGUCCCGUGUGACAAAACAACGCUCCCUAAGCCAACAGAUUGUAGUCCCGACAACUGGGACUAUGAUUGCUUAAUAAGCGAUAGUAACUGUUUGUAUUACAUUUCAUGUUAUUUAGAUAGAGGUGGCAAAAAACUGGCAUGUUCGACAAUCGAACAUCUUUACACUGCUAUGGUCUGUUGCCAGCCAAGAUGUCCGUAA